GCAACAAGCAUCUCUCAACCUUUUAUACAACCAACCUUCCGCUGAUCGCCACGCCAGGCCCUGUGGGGAGUUUCAGCCUGAGAUGUCCGCCCGACGUGCAUCCACUGGCAGCGAUGCUAGCACUGACUCCUCCACAUCUGUCGAUCGGCCUGGGACUCCAUCAUCCUUGUUGACGAGCUCGUCUCAGGAGCUGGUCAUCAUUCCUACCGGUGCUGCCAACUUUCACUCAUUGGACACUUCAUCACUGCACUCCGUGUCUAGCGACGAGAGCAAUCAAUCCUCAUCCUUGGCCCUUGUAGAGCAUCCUACUCGCAAUGCAUCCACCGCUGAUCAUCCAAUCACGGAUGCUUUGCUUUCGCCAACUAUGACAUCCUCCUCGCGAACUCCAUCAUCAGGAUUUAUGGAUGACGAUACUGGCCUGAGCGAUGUCUCAAGCCUAGACGAUGACGACUUUGAGCUGGUCGAACGCAGCGACAGGCCAAGCCAUCGCGCCAAUCUCGUCGACUCGUAUAUGGGCUCGUCUAGCGUUUCGCACCCAUGGGCCUCAGAUGAGGAUCUGACGAUUGAGACGACGCCCUUGCCAAUCCUGCCGACAUCCGCUUCAGCCGCUUGGUCGGAAGUGGAUGCGCUGGAGACUAGGCUCGAGGACACGCACGAGCUGUUCCGUGAACGCAAGGAUCCAGAUGCGAGUCACGAUAUUGGGACGCCUGUUGGAACCUCGUCGACCUUCCCAGACUCCGCGCAUUCAGCUACAAGGUCAGAUUUCCUGCGCUCAUCGAGCAAUGCAACUUUGCUCGUCAAUGCUCUGGAGCGAGCGGCCACUUCGACACAUGCUUCCGAAGCACCAAGCCUGAAGACAUCCACUUUGCUCCCUUCAGGAGAUGCAUCUCGCCUAAUGGACGGCCGCCACUUUCAAUUCCCUGAUCCGACGCUUCUGCAUCAGCUCGGUCAAAAGUCACAAGCUGUUGUCGCAGGCGCAAGAACUGACAACGCCACCGAUGAAAUGCCUGAACGCUCGGCAGAAACAGCUGGCUCCGAAUGGCGUUCGUCAUCCGAAAACUCUUCCCCAGGCGUCUUGGCUGCACGUCUCAAGAUGGCGCGCUCCCUGAUUGGGGCGGUCACACAUUCCGCCUCGUCCAUCAAUGUCUUUUAUCUCGGACGUGAUCCCGGAGCCACGUACAGCCAAUUGGUCUCUAACACCAUCAAGACGAGUGCCAUGACUGCCGUCGCAGCUGCUGACGAGAAGGACUUCACGUCGAUCCGUCAAACAUCUUCUUCACCUCUAACUUUCCGCACAAUGCCGUCAGACGAAAGUGGACAAGGCAAUGUCGUGGUGCGCUGCAGCUCGGUCGACUUCGUCAGUGGCAGAACACUGCAGGUCAAAGAAUUCUUCUGCCUCAGGUCUUUGUCAUUCGGACCGGGCGAAGAGGCUCAGGUGCAUUCUUGGCUGCAGGCUGAUGGCGCCAUGCACCUUCGCGACGGUAGCGGACUCGUGGUCUGCUUCCUCGAGAAUGGCGAAUCUCAGCAGUCACUUGCGAUCGAUCUGGCAGCAUUGCUCCACAAGCACUACUCUCGCGCGAGAUUAGGCAAAGAUUCGCAAGCUGCAACUCGAACUCAUCCGCAGCCUCACUUGCUGCCCAUCGUCGCACCUAAACUUGCAUCCAAUCUGGACGACGCCGACACACCCUCCGCUUCCUUGCUUGUGAGCCCUCAACGAGAUGAGAAUAUCUCAAGCGCAAGAGCUUUCAUGGAAAACAACAUCGCCCAGAACCUUGGGCGCUUCCUGCAGCUGCGCCGCAUCAGCGAGGAGUGGUCAAGCGCGCUGGAUCGAACGCGCCAGCUCUUGGCCGAACGCUCUGGGGCAGACAUCACUCAAGAAUCUGGGUUGUCCGUGGUCAUUUGCUCCCAGAGCGUGGUGGAUUCUGACGACGGUUGGGCUGGACGUGCGGUGCAUCAGGUGGCGGACACAACGAAGCGGACAAGGGAGACCGAGCGUCGUUCUUGGCUCACAAAGUCCUCGGCCUGGCUCACAGUCACCCCUGCACUUUUGGCCACGACCUCUAGGACUUCUCGACCAACCUCAACAGAGCAGCGAGCUAUCGCCAAUGGAAAGGCCUGGCAGCGCAUUGCCGCUGACGCGUCGAAUGUCGCGCAAGCGCUACGCGGUCACGUUCCUGCGCUUGUUGAUUUCAAAAUUCGGUUGCGAAGGCUUGCGCCGUGGAUGACCUGGUUACGCACGGCACACUUGCCUCACCUCGGUGCCGCCGUGGCCGUCCUCGUCGGCGUGCUCCUUACUACGGCCCUAUCGAGUCUUCGACAGUCGCCUCAGAAUAAUCUAAACGCUUUCCAGAUGGGCUCGUCGCACCAGCCCUCCAUGACCGCUUCGAGCUUAGCUGGCCGCGCGAACAUGUCACCUCUACCAGCUAGUGCUGCGGCCUCCCCUACUUUAGACGCUGCUACAAUUCAAAGCAUUCUGUGGUCCUCCAACACAGCGUCCACUCCGUCGUCAGCCGCAACAGUGUCACCUAAGGGCAUCGAGCCCGCAAUCCGUCACGGUCGCCUUCACAGCGUGAAAGAAUUUACUAAGAAGCUCGUUCCAAGACCGCGAGCCUCUGCUGCACCGCUCCUGACCGCGCACGAGAUGCGCAAGAUAUCACAAGGAAGCGACGUGGUCAGCCGCCAGGUCAGCUCUCAUGAGGUGGCGGUUCGUGCCCACUCGCCUCACAAGGCUGUUGCGAUCUACAAGAAUCUUUCCACGCUACUGGGCACUGCGCCCGUAGACGGGGGCUCUAUCGACGACUUCAAGUUCGGUGCUGCGCAGCUUUCAAGCCACGACAGAGAGCUGCCCGAGAAUUCUCUGCGACUUUCUGUUUCGCAUGGACUGGCUUCCGCUGGAAUUGGACUUGCGAUCAGCUCGACCACAGAUGCGGCAAAAGGAGCUCAGGUGGUCCUCGCAACCUUGCAUCGCUUGCAGUCCAUCGUGCUUUCUCAUCUGCACCGUACGUGGGACGAUUGGGUUGCGCACUUGUCGAAGUUCCACUUGCAAUUUGACAAGGCUGUGCAGGAGCAGAUGUGGCGCGAAGCCAUACAUCUCCAGGCAGACGCCAGUAGGCUGUGGAGCGAUAGCACGGACGCCAUGCAAGCUCAUGUCCAACUUGCUCACCAAUUGGCCAGCGUCCACGCCGCAAAGUUCGCUCACCUGGCGUCCAAGAAGAUGAAAGACGCAGAACAGCCUCUCGAGGACUUGAAGGAGCAAUGCGGCUCUUGGUUCAAGAAAGCCAAUCAUCAAGCCAAGCCUCUCUUUGCAGAAGCUCGACUUGGCUCUCAAAUCAUGUCUGAACAUUUACGCAAACAUUUACGCGGGCAAGCCCACUUUGCAGCAAAGCACGUCCGCAAGACUUCAAAAGUCGCGUCAAAGCAUCUCCGCAAGCACUCCAAGAUUGCGGCCAAGCAUCUUCGCCAGCAAGCUCGAGCAGCGGCGAAGCAUGCGCGCAAGAAGUCGAAGAUCGCAUCUGAACACUUUGCCAAGCAGUCCAAAGUUGCGGGAACACAUCUACUGAGACAUUCCAAAUCCGCUUCUACAGAGGCGCUCAAGCACUUCGCUGUGGUCGAGGAUGCCGCUGCCCGCAAGUCAGAGGAGGCUCGCGAGAUGCUUCGAGAGGCCUUCGAGGAAGCUACAAUCGCUGCUCAUCACAUCCACGGCAAGGCAGGCGAGCAUUUGGCCCGAGCACGUCAAGAGUGGGGCAAACUAAACCUCGAGCUCGACGAAGCACGUCGCGCUGCCGGACAUGCUGCGCACGCUCGCAAAACCCGCGAAGAUCCUGAGCGCAAGCAGAAAUCGAAAGCGCAAAGCAAGCAGGGCUGGAGAUCCAAGAGCCAGCAUACUCAAUCAAAAUGGGCACGUCGAAAGGCUUGACAAUCUGAUUUCUGCUCAGAUUGUCGGGCCAACUCCACGAGCAUCAUACGCUUUGCGGCACAGACAAGCCCGUAUUUGGUACCCUGCCCCAUCAGUCGACCUUCACCUCUUCACUCACACUUUGACGACCACGACAAGUACAGUAGCUCGUAAUUUUUGUCUCUCAUUCACGCCCACAGCCAUCAUUUGUUCUACCACCAUCCCAUACACCCGUUCAUAUGUUCUAUACUCAACCCACUGUCGCCCAGCUAUCCGCUUAUACUCACGCUUUGAACACAGAUCGAAUCUCUCGAGUCUCUUUUGCAUGUCAUGACAAGUGUGUCGGAUGUUGGACUCCACAAGACUUUUGAAAAUCCAUGAGCU